UAUUUUCAAAAUGGAAGAAAUGUCAGAGUUUUGGAGGGGAACGAAAACGCUAAGUUUCUUUACCUUCUGAGAGCGGCUUCUACGGGGCUCCAUGAUUUCUGUCGACCGAAGAUCAUUUUCAGAAAUCGGCGCUGAUCUGCGAGAUCGAAAUCCAGCAGGAUGAGCGUUUCAAUCGGCGACAAGAUCGAGGAUUUUAAAGUCCUCACCCUCCUUGGCAAAGGCUCGUUUGCAUGUGUUUACCGGGCAAAAUCUGUCAAGACUGGACUGGAGGUUGCAAUCAAAAUGAUCGACAAGAAAGCGAUGCACAAAGCUGGGAUGGUCCAGCGUGUGACAAAUGAGGUGGAGAUUCACUGCAGACUGAAGCAUCCUUCUAUCCUCGAGCUCUACAACUACUUUGAGGACAGCAACUACGUGUGUCUGGUGUUGGAGAUGUGCCACAACGGGGAGAUGAGUCGGUACGUGAAAGAGAGGAAGAUGCCUUUUUCAGAAGAUGAAGCCAGACACUUCAUGCAUCAGAUCGUGAAGGGAAUGCUGUAUUUACACACUCACGGCAUCUUGCACCGCGACCUGACCCUGUCCAAUCUGCUGCUGACCAGCAACAUGAACAUUAAAAUAGCGGACUUUGGCCUGGCAACUCAGCUCAAGCUGCCCAAUGAAAAGCACUUCACCAUGUGUGGGACCCCCAACUACAUCUCCCCGGAGGUGGCCACCCGCAGCGCUCACGGCCUGGAGUCCGACGUCUGGUCUCUGGGCUGCAUGUUCUACGCCUUCCUGACGGGCCGCCCUCCGUUUGACACCGACACGGUCAAGCACACCCUGUCCAAGGUGGUGCUCGGGGACUACGAGAUGCCGAGCCACGUUUCGUUAGAGGCUCAGGACCUGAUCCACCAGCUGCUCCAGAGGGACCCCGCGCUGCGGCCCAGUCUCUCCGCCGUGCUGGACCACCCGUUCAUGACCCAGAACCUGCUGGUCAGGACCAAAGAGCUGAGGCUGGGUGACGACAGCUCCAUAGACAGUGGCAUCGCCACCAUCUCGACAGCGUGCACGUCUUCCGUUUCCGCCAGCAGCAGCACCCGCCUCCAGCGGCGAACCAAGCACGCGAUUGGGCCGGCGCUGCCGAACCGGAUGACGUACGUUCCUCCGCGGCAGCCGAGCAGCUUCGACGACGCGGACGGGUCCCGAGGACGGGCCGCUCACUUCGGAGAGACCGGACAGCCGUAUUCCAGGUUCCUCCGAAGGGCUCACUCAUCGGACCGCUGCGGUUCUGCAGAACCAGGGCUGACCUCCUCGCAGCAUGAGCUGGGCAGAUGCCAUUCAGAGGAGACUCUGACAGCGGUGGGACGGCCCUUCUUCCCCUCAUCCUCCACUCCUCAUCCGUUUUCAGACCAUGGAAGGCUUCCCUCUCCUCCCGUCAAGCAGCCCGCGCACUCAGGAUAUCUGCCGGCUCAGAUUGUUUACCCACCAAGCUCCCACUAUCAGGACCUGGACGGAGUUUCUAACUGGCUCAACAGUGAAGGGUCCGGCCCGAGGCCCACAGACGGCAGCGGCGGCAGCUUCCACAGCAGGGGACCCCCCGGGGUCCACAGCUCCUGGUCCGAGCCCGCGGGCCGAGGUCCGCAGCCGUAUCCCGAAUCGUCCCGGGACAUCUCGGCGGGAACGGACUUCCAGCCUCCUCACAGCAGGGAGCAGAAGAAGAAAAGUCUGAGAGACGUUGUGUCUCCGCUGUGUGUCCACAGACUGAAGCCCAUCAGGCAGAAAACCAAAAACGCAGUUGUGAGCAUCCUGGAAACAGGUGAGGUCUGCAUGGAGCUUUUAAAAUCCCAAAACGGCCAGGAAAGGGUUAAAGAGGUCCUGCAGAUUUCCUGCGAUGGCGCCAUGGUGACGAUAUACCAGCCCAACGGCGGGAAGGGGUCACCGGUGCUGGACCGCCCGCCAGCGCCCCCAGAGGACAUUCUCAUCUGCAGCUACGACGACCUUCCAGAAAAAUACUGGAAGAAAUACCAAUACGCCUCCAAGUUUGUGCAGCUUGUAAAAUCCAAAACUCCGAAAGUGACUCUAUACACCAAGUUCGCCAAAGUGAUGCUGAUGGAAAACUCCCCGGACGCGGACCUGGAAGUCUGUUUUUACGACGGAGCAAAGACCCACAAGACGUCGGAGCUGGUGCGAGUGGUGGAGAAGAGCGGGAAGUCGUACACGGUGAAGGGAGAAGUGGGUCUGAGCGGCCUGAGCCCGGAGAGCCGGCUCUAUGUGGAGCUGUCCGACGAAGGCCAUAGCAUGUGUCUGUCACUAGAGGCCGCCAUCACGGCGGAGGAGCAGCGGAGCGCCAAGAAAGUCCCGUUCUUCCCCAUAACGAUCGGCAGGAGGCCGGCCAGCUCAGAGUCUUCAUCCUCCGGGUCGGCGCCAUCACGGCCGGUUCCUCCUGAUUUGGCGACGCCUCCUAAACCUCCACACAUCACUCCUUCAAUGAUUUCCUACGACGGGUCGGAUUUCACCUCAGCCAGCUUGAGUAAAAAAUGCUCCCAGGACUCGGGUCAGAGCGCAGGAAAGGUGGUGAAGUCGAUAUUCGUGCCCAACGUCGGAUGGGCGUCCCAGCUGACCAGUGGAGAGGUGUGGGUCCAGUUCAACGACGGCUCCCAGCUGGUGGUGCAGGCCGGAGUCUCCUCCAUCACUUACACGUCAGCAGAGGGCAGAGUCACCAGGUACAAGGAGAACGAGAAGCUGCCUGAACACGUCAAAGAGAAGCUGCACUGCCUCUCCACCAUCCUCAGCCUGCUGGCCAAUCCGGUGCCUCGUCACGCGCAUUAGCCGCCCGCAGGAAACCCCACGUUAGCAUUAGCAGCCGCCAGAUCGUCGCCGCUACGCUGUAAAUAUUCUGUCUGUAUCUUUGCUCUUUUUCUCGUUUCAUUUUUUACAUGUACAGAAGACUGAUUAUGAAAAGAUUUUAUUUUUAUAACAUGUUUAUAGAGUCUAAAAUAGCCGUGUUGCAAAGUUUUUCUGUCUCAUGAACUUGGAGAUGCAAUAAACAUCUGGAGGUGGAGAACUAGA